UCACGACGGAAGAUCUCUAUAAAUCUUGAACUUAAUAUCCAAGUUUCAUGUUGCGUCGAUGGGGAUAAUAGGAUUGGAUGAUAAGACGAUAUAGGAAACAACGGCACGAGCAGUGUGGAUUCCUUAGAAAAAGCAACAUGCCUGCGAACGUAACUGGAUUUGGACCUUUAAUAGGUGCUAUCGAUGAAGGAACGAGUAGUGCUAGAUUUUUGAUUUUUGACGUAUUGCAUAGAAAAGUGGUUGCCUCACAUCAGAUUGAAAUCAAGCAGAAAUAUCCGCAAGAAGGAUGGGUAGAACAGGACCCAAACGAGAUAUUACAUGCUGUCAUAGAAUGUAUAAAAGAAACUGUAAAAAAGAUGAAGAACAUGUGUUUGUCAGUCUCUGAUAUCAAAGCUGUUGGUAUCACUAAUCAGAGGGAAACAACUUUGGUAUGGGACAAGGAGACUGGGGAACCUUUGCAUAAUGCAAUUGUAUGGCUUGAUAUGAGAACAACUACGACUCUAGACGAUGUAUUGGAUAGUGUCCCUAAUAAAACGAGAAAUAAGAAUUAUUUGAAGCCUCUAUGUGGUUUACCAAUGUCUCCCUAUUUUAGCGCUCUUAAGAUACGCUGGUUGAUAGAUAAUGUGCCACGCGUGAAGCAAGCAGUAGAUGCAAGCAGGUGUGCUUUUGGAACAGUUGAUACUUGGCUUAUUUGGAAUCUCACCAAAGGCCAAUUGCACAUUACGGAUGUAUCGAACGCAUCCCGCACGAUGCUGAUGAAUAUCGAAACAUUAAAGUGGGAUCCUCUGUUAUGUCGCUUCUUUGGUAUCCCACAACACAUUCUGCCGGAAAUACGAUCCAGUGCGGAAAUCUACGGUCACAUUUCAAACCCUGAAGCGCUUGCGGGCAUACCCAUAGCAGGUUGCGUAGGCGAUCAACAAGGAGCUCUUCUCGGCCAAUUAUGCUUGAAACCUGGCCAAGCGAAGGCUACGUAUGGCACGGGAUGCUUCUUGCUUUAUAAUACAGGAAACGUAAAGGUCGAUUCAACGCAAGGUUUGUUAACCACCGUUGCUUACAAGAUUGCACGAUUCCCGCCUGUUUACGCAUUAGAAGGAUCUGUCGCUGUUGCCGGUGCUGCUUUAUCUUGGCUGCGAGAUAAUGUACAAAUUCUUACUAAUAUCGCGCAGUCACAGGAUAUGGCAGAACGUGUGAGAUGUUCCGGUGAUGUGUAUUUCGUGCCAGCUUUUUCAGGGCUGUACGCGCCUUACUGGCAACAAGAUGCACGCGGAGUAAUCUGUGGGAUUACCGAGGAUACGCAGCAAUAUCAUAUCGUACGAGCAGCGUUGGAAGCAGUUUGUUUCCAAACGAGAGACAUAUUAGAGGCAAUGGUGAAGGAUUCCGGGACAAAACUAACAACUCUGCAAGUUGACGGUGGUAUGACGGUAAACAGUUUAUUGAUGCAGCUGCAGGCGGACUUAACGGGAAUAACGGUUGUGAGACCAGAUAUGGUUGAAACGACGGCGCUAGGUGCUGCUAUUUUAGCUGGUAUUGGUGCAGGUUUAAUCGACAUAAACGAUGUGGAUGGAUCUCAAGUAACCAAGUUUUCACCUGCAAUUAGUGAGGACGAGAGAGAUCUCAGAUAUUCUAAGUGGAAAAUGGCCGUUGAAAGAUCUAUGAAGUGGGAUUGUUCGACGACUUUAAUGAAUAAUUAAAGCUGUACACACAAACGCAUAUUUUUGUACCGGAUAUGAGAAAUAAAUAUUUAGAAAUAUUACACACAUAA